GCGUGGGGAGAAGAAUAUAAGGUGACAAAUAUUCAAGCAAGCUUUAAAAAAGAAAAUGAUGUCAGAGAACUGAAACUGUUCUUAACAGAGCAACCGUGAAAGAUGUAUGCAUGGAGUUUCCAUUUUUGGCAAUCAAAAAUGUUACAUACGAUAACAUAAACAUCACCGAAUACAAACAUCACAUGCUUUAUCUCUGUCUAUAUUAUGUCUCUGUGUGUAUAUAUAAGACAUGGUUAUAGGAGAGAGACCAAGAGAAGAGCUAGAUGGAUUUCUCUUGUUUCCAAGAAACCAAUGCAGUGGAGUUGGAUCCUGAAAGAGAGUGAUGAAUCAAAGAAGAAGCAGAGAGGUCCUAGGGUUUGUAGUAGAGGACAUUGGAGAAUUCAGCUCAUGGAACUUGUUACUGUUUACGGUCCUCAGAACUGGAACCACAUUGCAGAGAAGAUGCAAGGAAGAACAGGCAAGAGUCGAAGAUUGAGGUGGUUUAACCAGUUAGAUCCAAGGAUCAACAAGAGAGCUUUCAGUCCUGAGGAAGAAGAGAGGCUACUUGCAGCUCACAGAGCAUUUGGUAACUAAUGGGCUAUGAUUGCUAAACUUUUCAAUGGAAGAACAGACAAUGCCUUAAUGAAUCACUGGCAUGUUCUCAUGGCAAGAAAGUUGAGGCAGCAAUCAACUUUUCACAAGAAUGGGUCUGCUCAUAAACCUACUGCAGAUCACAUAAGCGUCAAUCUUUCUUUGGGUUUGUGUCUUCUUCUUACUCUAUCUAGUAAUUAGAUAUACAUCCAGUGAGUCUCCAUUAU